UCUACAUCCCGUAUAUAAGCAAGGUCAGCUGUAGCAGCGACUAUACCUUACCGACCUUUGUCUAGCGCCCCAUUUAUCGCCGGGUUGUAGAGUUCAUCAUGAGUCUGCGCCUCGCCCUCCUCGCUGCGCUAAUCAGCAGCGCAUUUGGCCUCAUAUAUGAAAAAGUCUCCGAUCUACCAACCACUGACUUUGAUUUUAUCAUUGUUGGAGGCGGAACUGCAGGGAAUGUUAUCGCUAAUCGCCUUACUGAGCAGCCGAAUAUCUCUGUCCUUGUCAUUGAAGCCGGCGCAUCCACUGCGGAUGUUCUCCUGUCCGAGGUACCAUUCUUCUGCCCCCAAGUCGUCCCUCAGACACCCUUGGACUGGAACUACACCACGAUUCCACAGCCUGGGCUUAAUAACCGUCCCAUCUCUUAUCCAAGAGGGUUUGGAUUAGGCGGAAGUAGCGCCGUUAACUUUAUGGUGUACACUCGUGGAUCUUCGCAAGACUAUGACCGUUAUGCUGCCAUUUCGGGCGACGAGGGUUGGUCUUGGGACAACCUUCUGCCUUACAUCAAAAGGGGCGAACGUUUCGUCCAACCCGCUGAUCAUCACAAUACCACUGGUCAAUACAAUCCCGAGGCCCAUGGUUUUGACGGCAUAAUGUCCGUAACUCUACCUGGCUACCCGCGGGGGACAGACCAACGGGUCAUCCAGACUACUACAGACCUAGCGGACGAAUUUCCAUUCAAUCUGGACAUGAAUUCGGGGUAUCAACUGGGUGUCGGUUGGAUGCAGACUACUGUUGGUAAUGGCACUAGAAGCAGCUCAGAAGUUUCAUAUCUCGGCGCCAAGUACAUCAAUCGUCCCAAUCUGCACGUCCUAAUACAAACACACGUAACGAGGAUCCUCCAAUCAAACCACACCGAUUCCGAGAGCAAGGACAAGCACGGCCAUAAAGCUCCUAAAUUCGACCUCGUUGAAUUUACUCAGGAUUUCGGAGCAACGAAGCAGACCCUCUCCCCGUCAAAGGAGAUAAUCCUCUCAGCAGGAUCUCUGAACACCCCGAAUAUCUUGCUACACUCUGGAAUCGGAGAUUCCGCCGAACUCGAAGCUGUUGGAGUCAAGUCGACCGUUCAUCUCCCCGAUGUCGGACGAAACCUCACAGAUCAUCCGCGAUGGGUGCUCAAUUGGGAAGUUACGGACAAGGAUACGCUGGAGAAUGUGUACUUCCGGAAUGAGACAUACCAGGAGGAGGUCCUGGAACAGUGGCAGGAGAACCGUACGGGUUUCUUGUCGAGUAUGCCGACUAGUCAGCUUGGGUGGCUCAGGGUUCCUGAUGGCACGUUGGAGAUUGACCCGUCUGCUGGGAAUGAGACUGCUCACUUUGAGCUUAUCUUUUCGAAUGGCAUAUACCACGCACCAUUCCCACCGACAGGCGAUUAUUUCGCGAUCAAUACAGUUGUUCUGUGCCCUCUUUCUCGUGGCUCCGUGACGAUCAACAACACAGACCCUCUUUCACCCCCGGUGAUCGACCCUGCUUUCUUUACGAACCCCCAAGAUAUCCAAGUAAUGCGCUCAGCUGUCGCCAAGGCACAGGAUUUCGUUAAAGGCCCAGCAUGGGACGGACACAUCAUUCGAUUGGUGACAAACACGACGGAUGACGAUAUCAGGAACGGGAUCACCAGUAUUUACCAUCCGCUCAGUACAGCAAGCAUGUCACCUCGAGGAGCAGAGUGGGGCGUCGUAGACCCGGAUCUGGUGUUGAAGCGUGUUCAGGGCGUCAGGAUUGUUGAUGCGAGCGUUUUGCCGAAACCGCCGGCAGGGCAUACCCAAGCAGCGGUUUAUGCUAUUGCAGAGCGUGGAGCGGAUCUAAUUAAGAAGAGCUGGGGGAUCCCUGUUUGAAGGGGACUCGGCUU